CCUCUCAGGCCUCCUCCAUCCAGCCAUUGCCAAUCCCCACCUCCACUUCCUCACUCGAUCUUUUCUCUCCAUAUCUCCACCUCCUACCAGCUCAAGCACACCAGUACCAAGGCGGGCAGCCUCCAUGGACGCGGUGGAGUCAUCGUCGCCCUACUCCCCGCCCUCGCUGCGCCACAAGCUGAGGACGACCGUCUGCGGCUGCUUUGGAUCACCAUCGUCGCCGGGCAGCAGCGGGGAGAGGCCGCACACCGGCGGUGGCAGGGCCAGGUGGAGGCGACGCGUGGCGGCCGUGGGGGAGUUCAGGUACGACCCGCUCAGCUACGCGCUCAACUUCGACGACGGCGCCAGUGUCGACGGCACGGAAGCAGAGGAUGCGGCCUUCCGGCACAGAAACUUCAACUCGCGCCUCCCUCCCUCACCCGUGCCGGCCUCCCGAGCCGUCGCCAUCGCCUAAAGUCCUGAAUCGUAGUAGCGGUCGUCCUUUUUAACUUUUGUAGCUUCUGGCUCUCUGAUUUUUCUUCUUCUCUGAGCGAGAUUGAAUCAGAACAUCUGUAUAAAAGCAGUUUAUUAUACGGCCGGGGAAACUUACGUACCGAGGAGUUGCAAUACAAUCAUGUACUGAUACAUGUAUGAGAAUCAAUCAGUCCAUUUUUAAUAUUC